CUGCGGGGACCCGGCGCCGAGCCGAGCCCGAGCGGGAGCCGACCCGCUGCCGAAACAGGAGCUGCAGCCGCCGCUGCCGCAAGCGGAAGGUGCCGAGAGCGCAGCGGGCGCAGAGCCCGGAGCCCGGGGUUCGUGGGCGGCAAGGGCGCAAGGGGCCGCGCGCCAUGCUCCGGGCCCCGACGGCGGGGACGCCCCCUCGCGCGCGGGCGGCUGGCAGGGCCUGGGAGCCUGGGGUGGGCAUUGUCCCCGGACGGCUGCGCUAGGGGGCGCGGGGCCCGGCGGGGGGCGGCCGAGCUGGGCGCCCUCCCCCGGCGCUGAGUCCCCGCGCCCCGGAGGGAUGGGGCGGGCGGCUGCGGCCGCCUAAGAUGCCUGCCAUGAGGGGACUCCUGGCGCCUCAGAACACCUUCCUGGACACCAUCGCCACGCGCUUCGACGGCACGCAUAGUAACUUCGUGCUGGGCAAUGCCCAGGUAGCAGGGCUCUUCCCCGUGGUCUACUGCUCUGAUGGCUUCUGCGACCUCACGGGUUUCUCCCGGGCUGAGGUCAUGCAGCGGGGCUGCGCCUGUUCCUUCCUCUAUGGACCAGACACCAGUGAGCUCGUCCGCCAACAGAUCCGGAAAGCUCUGGAUGAGCACAAGGAGUUCAAGGCUGAGCUGAUCCUGUACCGGAAGAGCGGGCUCCCUUUCUGGUGUCUCCUGGAUGUGAUACCUAUAAAGAAUGAGAAAGGGGAGGUGGCCCUCUUCCUGGUCUCUCACAAGGACAUCAGUGACACCAAGAACCGAGGGGGCCCUGACAGCUGGAAGGAGACAGGUGGUGGCCGGCGCCGAUAUGGCCGGACAGGAGCCAAAGGCUUCAAUGCCAACCGGCGGCGGAGCCGGGCUGUGCUCUACCACCUGUCUGGGCACCUGCAGAAGCACCCCAAGGGCAAGCACAAGCUCAAUAAGGGGGUGUUUGGGGAGAAGCCAAACUUGCCCGAGUACAAAGUAGCCGCCAUCCGGAAGUCACCCUUCAUCCUGCUGCACUGUGGGGCUCUGAGGGCCACUUGGGACGGCUUCAUCCUGCUUGCCACCCUCUACGUGGCCGUCACUGUGCCCUACAGUGUGUGUGUGAGCACAGCCCGGGAGCCCAGUGCCGCCCGUGGUCCCCCCAGCGUCUGCGACCUGGCUGUGGAGGUCCUCUUCAUUCUCGACAUCGUGUUGAACUUCCGCACCACAUUCGUGUCCAAGUCCGGCCAGGUGGUGUUUGCCCCGAAGUCCAUUUGCCUCCACUACGUUACCACCUGGUUCCUCCUGGAUGUCAUUGCUGCCCUGCCCUUUGACCUGCUGCAUGCCUUCAAGGUCAACGUGUACUUCGGGGCACACCUGCUGAAGACGGUGCGGCUACUGCGCCUGCUGCGCCUGCUCCCACGUCUGGACCGCUACUCGCAGUACAGCGCUGUGGUGCUCACCCUGCUCAUGGCUGUGUUCGCUCUGCUCGCCCACUGGGUGGCCUGCAUCUGGUUCUACAUCGGCCAGCGGGAGAUCGAGAGCAGCGCGUCCGAGCUGCCUGAGAUCGGCUGGCUGCAGGAGCUGGCCCGCCGACUGGAAACCCCCUACUACCUGGUGGGCCGGAGCCCAGCUGUAGGGAACAGCUCUGGCCAGAGUGACAACUGUAGCAGCAGCAGCGAGGCCAACAGGACGGGGCUGGAGCUCCUGGGCGGCCCCUCCCUGCGCAGCGCCUACAUCACCUCCCUCUACUUCGCACUCAGCAGCCUCACCAGCGUGGGCUUUGGCAAUGUGUCUGCCAACACGGACACAGAGAAGAUCUUCUCCAUCUGCACCAUGCUCAUUGGCGCCCUGAUGCACGCGGUGGUGUUUGGGAACGUGACGGCCAUCAUCCAGCGCAUGUACGCCCGCCGCUUUCUGUACCACAGCCGCACCCGUGACCUGCGUGACUACAUCCGCAUCCAUCGCAUCCCCAAGCCCCUCAAGCAGCGCAUGCUCGAGUACUUCCAGGCGACCUGGGCCGUGAACAACGGUAUCGACACCACUGAGCUGCUACAGAGCCUCCCGGAUGAGCUGCGCGCAGACAUUGCCAUGCACCUGCACAAGGAGGUCCUGCAGCUGCCCCUGUUUGAGGCAGCGAGCCGUGGCUGCCUGCGGGCGCUGUCCCUGGCCCUGCGGCCUGCCUUCUGCACGCCCGGCGAGUACCUCAUCCACCAAGGUGACGCUCUCCAGGCCCUCUACUUUGUCUGCUCCGGCUCCAUGGAGGUGCUCAAGGGUGGCACUGUGCUCGCCAUCCUAGAAAAAAGCGCAGAUGAGGGACCAGUCCCCAUACAAGGAAGGAGGCUGCAGCUGUGGAAAAGCAUCACGCUAGUGCUGACCCCAGGGCUCCCGCAGCCAGGGAAGGGUGAUCUGAUUGGCUGUGAGCUGCCCAGGCGUGAGCAGGUAGUCAAGGCCAAUGCGGAUGUGAAGGGGCUGACCUACUGUGUCCUGCAGUGUCUGCAGCUGGCCGGGCUGCAUGAGAGCCUGGCGCUGUACCCUGAGUUUGCCCCACGCUUCAGCCGGGGCCUCAGAGGGGAGCUCAGCUAUAACCUGGGUGCUGGCGGAGGCCCCACGGAGGUGGACACCAGCUCCCUGAGUGGUGACAACACCCUCAUGUCCACGCUGGAGGAAAAGGAGACAGACGGGGAGCAGGGGCCCACAGCGUCACCAGCCCCAGCUGACGAGCCCUCCAGUCCCCUCCUAUCCCCGGGAUGUACCUCCUCUUCCUCAGCUGCCAAGCUGCUAUCCCCACGUCGAACUGCGCCCCGGCCCCGGCUAGGUGGCAGAGGGCGGCCGGGCCGGGCAGGUGCUUCGCAGGCUGAGGCUGGCCCCUCUGCUCACCCUCGGAGCUUAGAGGGGCUGCGGCUGCCCCCCAUGCCAUGGAAUGUGCCCCCAGAUCUGAGCCCCAGGGUAGUAGAUGGCAUUGAGGAUGGCUGUGGCUCUGACCAGCACAAGUUCUCUUUCCACGUGGGACAGUCUGGCCCAGAAUGUAGCAGCAGCCCAUCCCCUGGACCAGAGAAUGGCCUGCUUACUGUCCCCCUUGGGCCCAGCGAAGCAAAGAACACAGACACGCUGGACAAGCUUCAGCAGGCGGUGAUGGAACUGUCUGAGCAGGUGCUGCAGAUGCGGGAAGGCCUACAGUCGCUCCGCCAGGCCUUGCAGCUUGUCCUGGCACCCCAUGGGGAGGGCCUAUGCCCAGCCAGUACCUCUGGACUCCUGCAGCCUCUGUGUGUGGACACUGGGGUCUCCCCCUACUUCCUGCAACCCCCAGCUGGCACUGUCUUGAGUGGGACCUGGCCCCACCCUCGUCCAGGGCCCCCUCCCCUAGUGGCACCCUGGCCCUGGGGCCCCCCAGCAUCUCAGAGCUCCCCAUGGCCUCGAGCCACAGCUUUCUGGACCUCCACCUCUGACUCAGAGGCCCCUGGCUCAGGAGAACUCUGCCCCAAACCCAGCACCCCUGGCUCACCGCCCCCUGAGGCCGCAGCUAGGACUGGGCCCCCAGAGGCUGUGAACCAGGCUGAGGCAGCCAGCACCGGAGAACCCCCACCAGGGUCAGGGGGCCUGGCCCUGCCCUGGGAAUCCCACAGCCUGGAGAUGGUGCUAAUUGGCUGUCAUGGCUCUGGCACAGUCCAGUGGACCCAGGAAGAAGGCACAGGGGUCUGACUGCUGGCUCCAGAAUUCAAGUGUUGCCAGACAUGCUGUUCUGUCCAGCCUCAGGGUGGAGGAAGGCCAGUGGUCAGCCCGAUCUGGGACUCUGCAGCCCGUAGGCCCAGAGCAGGGAACCUGAGGGAAGGAGAGGCCUUCUCCAGGACUUGCCUCAGGGGCAGGCAUCAGGCUGGGAAUCUUUGGGUCUCUCCUACUGGGGCCCCUUCUCAGCCUGCAGCUCUGACCUGUCUCCCUCUGCAGCCUGAGGCCAAGAAGGGGUUCUGCUAUUCCCUGCAUGUGCCCCUGCCUCACCCUGUCCCAUUUUUUAUAUUAAAAGAAAAUAAUAAUAAAAGGAACUACUUUG